UCUCUGGCGGACUUGGCAGUAUUCACGCUUUCUGAUGUAUUUCCACCACUUGGAGUGCUGUUAGAUAGCAUAACCUUGAGUUGUUGCACUUUGGUUACUCCACAGAAUCAUGGUUUCAGCUCCGGGACACCCCCAGGUAGCUCCAGCGCUACUUAGUUAGCUCCAUGUAGCCGCUAACGAGAGCAACCGGCGGCUACAGCCCGGAUAGGGAAUGCCUCGGAGAAAGAAAAACAGCCAAAGCCCGGCCAGAGUCCCCGGCGGACCGCCAGAGGGGGGAAGCCUCGGCCACAACACCAGCUACCGACUACCUCAGGGAUUUGACGGUGCCAUGGCGAACAACUUUCCAUCCAGCACCUCGCUCCCCAGCUCCGUCAAGGAGAACAUCGUCAAAAGCAUGCAAGAGAUGUUCUCACACCUGGAGCCAGAAGUUAUAUACAUCGUGCUGUCCGAGUGUGAUUUCAAAGUUGAAAAUGCAAUGGACUCUCUCUUGGAGCUGUCUGUGGCUGCUGAAGUUGUAGCCCCUAUACAUUCUCCAGUCUCUGGCUUUGAGCGCACUGCUGCAGCCCUGCUCAGCCCUCGCCACUUUUCUGAACCUAGACCAGACCCAGACUCCUCCAAUCCAUCACAGCUGCCCUCCUCUCCCCCCUCCACCAACCUCCUGACAGCAGACCUGGACCUGCUAGUUGAUCAGGAGCUGGAGACACUGGACGCACAACAAGGCGUUAAGGAAGAGCAUGGCAGCAGCCAGUAUUUAUCUAUUGGCACCUCGCUUUCCUCUUUCCCCCCACCACCAAUCCCACAGCAGGUCCUCCCUGAGCUGCUUCAGUCCAGCCUGCAGCCUGGAUCUAGAGGGCCCUCUGGAGGUGACCUGGUGGAGCAUGUUUCUGAACCUUCCUCUCCGCUCGACCAGCUCAGCACUUGGGAAGAUAAGACUGUUGAAGAGCGGCAGUCGAUGGUGGAUUUCACACAUCUGAUGACAGAGAUGCCUGCAGAAAAGCCGAAACCUCCUUUGGACCUGGCAGCUUCAGGACGUCCCUCAGCUUUCCAGGUGUAUAAAAAGCAAGACCUAUCGCAUGCUCUCUCAGAAAAGGCCGGGGUCAUGCCCCCUAAAGUAGUAGUUGGAGGUGCAAGAUCUAAGGUGAACAUGUUGAAUCAGGUGCCUCUAGGUUACAUGCCGUCACCCUGGAAUCUACAGGCACCAGUGUUUUCUCCUCGUAUCCAUGGGAACCAGGGGCCAGCCUUCAUUACCCCUGUAGCUCAAACACCGUCCAACUGGCCUGGCCAACCCAGGCAUGUCUCUCCCUGGCUGAUUCAGGGCCCGGUCAGCCAAGCACCUCUCAAACCUUCUGCUACUAUUCCAAAAUCCUGGGCCCUGCCUGCUGCUCCGCAUCCUCCUGCGCAGUACAGCAGGCAUCGUUUGGAAGGGAGGGUCCUUGUUCUGCUACGUGGUGCUCCAGGAUCUGGCAAGUCGACCAUGGCUAAAGCCUUGUUAGAGCAUAACCCAGGUGGAGUUAAACUGAGCACCGACGACUUCUUCACUCGCCAUGGAAAAUAUCAGUUUGACCCCACUGCUCUGGGGGAGGCCCAUGACUGGAACCAUAAACGAGCUAAGGAGGCUUUUGAAAGGGGCGCAACCCCCAUCAUCAUUGACAAUACCAACAUGCAAGCCUGGGAAAUGAAACCCUAUGUGGCUCAGGCACUGAAACAUGGAUAUAAGGUGCUGUUCAGAGAGCCAGACACUUGGUGGAAGAACAAGCCCAGAGAACUGGAGAGACGCACCACACACAACGUGCCAGCGGAAAGGAUCAGACGCAUGCUUAAUGGCUAUGAGCGCUUCGUCACGGUGCAGUCCAUCAUGGGUUCACAAAUGCCUGAGAUAAAACAGCAGCUCCUUCUGGCGAACAGAAAUUCACAGCUGGUGACUUCUGAAACACCUCGUCCUGACCUUGUAGGGCAGCCUGGAUUGGCUGAGGAAUCUAAGAAAUCCCGCCCUCAGCUGUAUUCCUCCCUCCCUGAUGUGUCCUCUAUUGGUCGCUCCAGCGAAGUGGGAAUAUUAAAAGACAGCACCCACAAAUCUACGGAGUCCCUCAAUUUCCAGCCAACUGGAACACUUCCGGAGAACAAUGAAAUGCCCGAUGGAGAUGACGACGUGGAUUUGGGGGAAUUAGAUUCUGAGUUGGACGCCCAGUUGGAGCUGAAUUGUCCAACAGGAGAUCAGAGAAUCCCCGACUGUAUUGUGGAAUCAGUGAUGAGCGAAGAUCAUCGUGGGGAAGAAAUACCUGUAGCUUUCUCUGAGUCUAUUGCACAAAGAGUGAAGAGAGAAAGGCCGAGCAGGAGGUCUGACUUGGACAGGUUGGAGCCUGCAGAUCUAGUGAAAGAUACUAACCAAUCUAACAGUGAGGCGAAGGAGAAAGAAAAGACAAAGGAGGCAGAAGAGGUUGAGAUGGUGAGGGAUGGGGAGGAGAUGGAAAUGCCUGAGAUAUUGGAUUUUGUAGGAGAUUGGCCUUGUGAAGAGUCCCUUGAACAGCGACAGGUGAGGAGAAGAGAAAGGCAUAAAGAUGGAAAUGGGCAGGAAGACGAAGGUGUAUCUCAAGAAGCUAAUGACAAUCCAGUGCAGUCGGGACCCAAUGUGGCAGAGUUUCAGAAGCUUCUUGAUCUUAUUCAGACAGGAGUAGCUGACAUUCAGGCCUGCUCUUCACAUUCAUCCUCCCUUUCCCUGAGCUCUGGAGAGGAACUGGAGAGAGGCGAGGAGGCAGGUGGCAGGUUUGAGGAGUCAGUCGGCAGUAGAUCUAACAUAGAUGAGAGGGAACAAAACAUGAACCCAGGUAACGGCAGCAGAGGUGAAUUACCUGACUGUGUGUUAGACUGGAGACCAGCUGACUCUUGUAAGGUCAGGGAAUCGAGGAUUGAUAAUUGGGAGGGACUUAAAAAUGAAAAUGAAGCAAGUAAUACCACAGAUAAUGUAUUGGAGAUUGGUAGAGAAACAGAGUCUGUGGAUCUGAAAUCAACCAACCCAACCAAUCUCCUCUCAGCUCUUUCUACUGACUCAUUAGUUGUCUCCAAAACAGUGGAGGCAGCUGUAUGGCAUGAUGGAGAGGGAAGCUAUAAUAUUGAAGGUGAGGUUGGUACAGAGCCUGCUGCUGCUCAUACUGAUACAGACAGGAAUAACUGCACAGAGCUUGGCAGAGAUACUAGAGGUGAGGCUGAAGGGAGUCAUAUUAGUGAGAGUCCUGUGUGUGAGGGCUCUGUGGAAGCAGAAAGCAGUUCUUUCAGUGGAGGCAGUCAGGAGAGAAAGCAGCGCCAUGGUCGUAGAUCAGGGAAACAGUGCAAACUUGCCCUCACCUUUACUCAGAACUGUCCCGACUCUUCACUGAAUCCCCUUGAAUGUCCCAAUAACACAGCUCAAAGUGUAGACAGCACUCAGAGUAGCAUUGACACAGAUGUUGAGCCUAACUGUAACAUUAGCCCUAAGCCUGACCUGUUCACCGAGUCCAAAUCUGAGGCACACUUGCAGCCUCCUUCCCCACUUCCUCUGGUAGACACAGGUAGCCCCACCCAGACAGAACCUCAAGACUUUGCCCUUCUUUGGCGUCUCAAUCGUCAAGACAGCCUUGAUGAUGCAGUUGUCGCUGCGUGCAGCCACCCCAGCGACAUCACAGUCCUGUCUGGAGACUCUUCUCGCUUUGUGCCGGAGCUGUCCUCUGCAGUCUCUGCAGCAGUUGCAGUUCACCCAUCUGGCCAAAAAGAGGUGCCCUACCGCGUGGUGCACGAGAAAGGCACACAGGUGGAGGAGAAAGAGCUCGGGGCAACUCAAGACCGGCUCGAGAGCCUGCGCAUUCUCAGCCGCCAUUUUAAAUUGGUUAGUUUUGACACGUUGGAAGAUCUGUAUGACAAAUGCCAUCAGGACCUAGAGUGGACCACCAACCUGCUGCUGGACUCUGGAGAGAGGUUCUUCAGAGAUGAUGAUGUUGAGAAAGAGGAGGAGGGUGGUGCUAGGGGUGAAGAUAAGCAGAACCCAUCCCGUCUGUGUGGGGCUUUAGGCAGGAUGAGCAUCACCCUAGAUAAGGAUCACCCUGAAGACUGGCCAAAGGGAGAGCCAACUGGGUUGGAGGAGGCGACUCAGCAGUUAAGCUUUGGGACAGUCAGUGAAUCAGAUGAGAACUCCAGUAAUACAGAUGUGCAAAUCUUCGGGGGUGCAGCUGUUCCAGUUAGAAACAAAGAUCAUCCUGAUACAACCUCACUCUUAAAAACAUCUCCUCAAACAGAGCCUAAUCUGCCUCUUGCAGUAAAUGAAGGAGAGAGAUGUGGUGACGCUGAACACAAAGUAACAUCAGAGGCCGACCUAGAAGGCGGCGCUUGGGGUGGAAGCUUAGAUGAUGUAGUGAUAAUUGAAGAGUCAAGAAUCGAGAUUGAGGAUGAGAUUGCCAGCAUGGAUGAGAUCCACCGGCUGCUGCAGGCUGAGCUAGAGGACAUGGAGAGAGAGCAAAAGCAAAAGGCGGAUGAGGAGAGGACGGAAAAGAGGCAUGCGAAGGAGAGGAGGAGCAGACACCUGGACAUUCAGUGUGUGGAGCUGAAACUACCCACUGAGCUGGCACUGCAGCUGACUGAACUGUUUGGUCCUGUCGGAGUAGACCUAGGUACAUGUUCCACUGAUGACUAUGCAGUGCAGAUGGACCUGAACAUGGCUAAACUGCUCCACCAGAAGUGGAAGGAAACCAUCCAGGAAAAGCAGAGACAAGCAACUCUUUCCUUUCACUUGCUUCAGGAAAGUUCAGCACACUGGGGUGAGACACAGACGGCCAAAUCUGGAUCACGAGACCGGACACAGCCACCACGUUUCUUGUUUGGUGCAGAUGAUUAUGCGUCGCUGGACAGCCAACCAGAGGCCCGUGGUCAGAUGCCAUUCAUGGACCACUGGAAUGUGUCCCGCCCUCAUGUGUCUCUUAGAGACAUCAUAAAAGAGCAGCAGGCUCUGCAGGAGAAUGUGAAGAAGACCAGACAAAGUCGCGCCGACCUAGACCGGCGUGAUGGAGCCUCCCUGCUGAAAGAGGACCAGCUGUACUCCCUCUUUCCCACCAUCGACCGGCAUUUCCUCAAGGACAUCUUCAGAGACCACAAUUACAGCCUGACACAGACGGAGCUGUUUCUUCGCUCUCUACUGGACGAGGAGCCCGUCAAGACAGUGGUCGCCCCAGAGGCUCCUCGCGCUGACCACUUCAGAGCAGCCAGCAAGGAGAGGGAGAAGAGGCAGAAGCCCCUGGAGCCAAUCGUACCUGACUAUCAGGAUACGGAGGACCCAGAGUAUGAGGACUUCAGGGCCGAGGCCAGCAUGCAGAGGAGCCGACAGCUGGAGAGUUUCUCCAAGGCUGCUGAGGCCUACAAGCAAGGGCGCAAACAAGUGGCUUCAUUUUACGCACAGCAGGGACACCUGCAUGGCCAGCGGAUGCGUGAGGCCAAUCACCGUGCAGCAGUCAAGAUUUUUGAGAGGGUCAACUCAUCACUGCUGCCCAGGAACAUCCUGGAUCUCCAUGGGCUGCAUGUAGAUGAGGCCCUGGAGCAUCUGGCCCAGGUCCUACAGGACAAAGCCACAGAAUGUGAGCAGGGUCUGUGUCGACCUCAGCUUUCUGUCAUCACAGGAAGAGGGAACCACAGCCAGGGGGGCGUGGCCCGCAUCCGCCCCGCCGUUAUAGACUACCUCACCAGCAAGCACUACAGGUUCACUGAGCCAAAGCCAGGUCUCAUGUUGGUCUCUUUGAAGUGAGAGGAACCUGGUUUAUUGGAUUCAAGCUAAAGCUGCUAUGGAGGACAACACACACACGCGCACACACACACAAACACACAUACACUGUGUCUCUCUCUCUCACUCUAUAGUGCUACAACACUACGUAUACAUUGACUACAGUUUAUACAGCAUAGUACACCUCGUUUCGUACUUCUGUCAGUCAGCUUUGGUCCUUUUUUUUUAUUAACUCUCUCUCCAUCUCUCUUUCCAUUGGUCUUAUGGCCACCAGAAAUUUAACUUAAUCCCAAUCUUAAUCAUUGUUAAAUUGAGGUUAAUUUUUGUUAAAAUCUUAAUCCUGAUUCAGAUCAUAAUAAAAAUAGUUCUUCUUUUUGUUUAUGAAAGAUAACUGCAUAGGUGUCAAACACAAAUAAGGUCUUCACAUGCAGUUGUAAUGCUAGAAUGUAUGUAAAUUUUACAGUUAAAAAUGUUUUAUAUUGUGGCGCAUUCUGCUUUACAUUUAUCUUCAUGUCUUUUAAAGAGCAUGAAAAAUCCCUGUGUUUUGGUUGGUUUUUAAUCCUCAUUAAUCGUCAGUAUUUGCUAAUCUGGAGUCAUGUUUGAGAAAUAAUGUGAGGAUUUUAGGAGACUGUUAUAGAAUCAUGACGGCAUACUGUCUACUUGGAGGUUGCUCUCUAGGAUUUUAAGUAAUACGGCGUUCCUUUUUGAGGCACACUUUAAGCAUUUUAUUUGACGUCAAUUCUACAUUUAAUGCAUGCCAUCGAAUCAGAGAAGUUAUCGCAAAACCAAAUGCUGAGAAGGAAGAGAAUUUUUUCUCUCUCUUGUUUGCAGUGUUACAGUUCGUCUUGCUCACCAGGAGGCGAGACUGAAACUCUUGAUGAUAGACAAUGAAAAGGCCAAUAAACAGGUUGAACAACCUCAUUUAAUAGUCAGAACACCUCCUCUGAGAGUUCUGCAGCAGUCUCCUUUGUCUUAGCAGCCACAUUAUACUGCAACUGUUCAUUUACUAAAGUCCAAGCAGAGCUUAGCUGCUAAUAUAUUGACUCCCAAACUCAGGUAAAGAUUUAGCAUUUGUUUUAGCAUAUAGGUUAUCUCUUUUGAGGCGUGUCGAUUGUUUCCACCCUGUUCCUGGUUGCUUUUAUUUGAACCCAUUGUGCCAAAUUUAAAUGUAGCAGUUGUAUUCAUCAGGAUGCUACAUUAUUUUUGUAGGUUUGAUAUAGCUUCUGAUAUUUUUCAGAAAUAUGCAACAACCAUGUUGACAAAUUUUACUUAUUGUACAUAAUGUUGUGAACACAUGAAUUAUAAAGAAAAUAUUGUAUUUUUUUAUUCAUUUGUUCAAAUGGUUUUACAGAGAAUAUUGUAUUGUGAAAUAAACUAUUUGUUUACCGUUUAAGA